GUGUGCAAGUCUGAGAUCCCCCUAAGACCGCAAUGUCACUGCUGCUGUUUCUGUUGUCCUUGCUUUUGGGAGGAUCUCAAGGUCAAGACAGACUAUACAUUCUACAGGUGAACAGAUUUGUGAAGGUGCAGGAGGGUCUGUGUGUUGUCGUGCCCUGCUCUUUCUCCUCCCCAGAGAGCCGCUGGUUGGGCUCUGCCCCAGCUUAUGGCUACUGGUUCAAAAGAACCAGAAAACUAACACUUAAAUUUCCAGUGGCCACAAAUAACAAAGAUACAGAGAUAGAACCAGAAUCCCAGGGGCGAUUCCAGCUCUUGGGGGAUCUCCCAAACAAGAACUGUUCCUUGGUGAUCAAAGAUGUGCAGUGGAGAGACUCGGGAAGCUAUUUCUUCCGGGUGGAGAAAGGAUCUGAGAAAUUCAGUUUUCCCCAUGGCUUCAACCUGCAAGUGGGAGGCCUGACUCACAAGCCAGAUGUCUUCAUUCCUGAGAUCCUGGAACCUGGGCAGCCAGUGACAAUUGUCUGCUUGUUUCCCUGGACCUUCGAGCAAUGCCCAGCUCCUUCUUUCUCCUGGAUGGGGGCUGCCCUCUCCUCCCAAGAAACCAGACCACACACCUCCUAUUACUCAGUACUCAGCUUUACCCCAGGACUUGAGCACCAUGAUACCGAACUCACAUGUCAAGUGGACUUCUCUAGAAAGAGCAUACAGAGGACUGUCCAACUAAGAAUGGCCUAUGCCCCCAGAGAUCUUAUUAUCAGCAUUUUCCAUGACAAUGUGUCAGAAUUGCAUGGGAACACCCCACAUCUGGAAGUCCAGCAAGGCCAGUCUCUGCGCCUCCUCUGUGCUGCUGACAGCCAGCCCCCUGCCACACUGAGCUGGGGCCUGGAGGACCGAGUCCUCUCUUGGUCCAGCCCUGUGAGCUCCAGAACCCUGGCACUGGAGCUACUCCAGGUGAAAGCUGGGGACUCUGGACACUACACCUGCCAAGCAGAGAACAGGCUGGGUUCCCAGCGACAUACCCUGGAACUCUCUGUGCUGUAUCCCCCAGAGGACCUGAGAGUGACUGUUUCCCAGGCAAACAGGACAGUGUUGGAAAUCCACAGGAAUGGCACCUCCCUUCCGGUCCUGGAGGGCCAAAGCCUGUGUCUAGUCUGUAUCACUCACAGCAACCCCCCAGCCAGUCUGAGCUGGACCACGGUGGCCCAGACUCUGAUCCCAACCCAGUCUUCAGAGCCGGGGGUGCUGGAGCUGCCUCUGGUCCAGAGGGAACAUGAAGGAGAAUUCAGCUGUGCUGCGCAGAACCCACUGGGUACUCAGCACAUCUCACUGAGCCUCUCUGUGCACUACCCCCCACAGAUGCCCAGAUUCUCCUGCUCCUGGGAAGCUGAAGGUCUGCACUGCAGCUGCGCCUCCAGAGCCUGGCCUGCCCCAUCACUGCGCUGGCGGCUGGGGGAGGGGCUGCUGGAGGGGAACAGCAGCAAUAUCUCCUUCACGGUCACCUCCAGCUCACUUGGACCCUGGGUCAACAGUUCCCUGAGCCUCCAUGGGGAGCUCAGGCCCAGCCUCCGGCUCAGCUGUGAGGUCUGGAACACUCAUGGGGCCCAGAGCACCUCUGUCCUGCUACUGCCUAAUAAGGACAGUUCCACAGCAUUCUCCAAGGGAGCAGUUUUGGGUUUUGGGAUUGCAGGCCUCCUUGCCCUCUGCCUCAUCAUGAUCACCGUGAAGACCCUCCAGAAGAAAGGAACCCAAGAGGAAACCUCAAGAUCCAAGAUCUCACGGGGCAGCACAAUCCUGGAUUACAUCAAUGUGGUCCCCAAGACCAGGUCCCUGGUUCGGAAUCGGAAGGCCAAACCAGACACCCCUUCCAGGAUCCCAUCCCCAGACAUUCACUCCCCUGAAUCAAAGAAGAAACAGAAGGAGCAACAUUUCACUUCUCCUGGUUGCCCAGCCCCCAAAUCAUCCUCUCAGGCCCCUGUCUCUGAGAAUAACCCAGAAGAACUCCAUUAUGCAGCUCUCAACUUCUCCCGCCUCAGACUAUGGGAGACCCAGAAUCCUCAAGACACUUACACUGAUUAUGCUGAAGUCAGAUUCCACUGAGAGUAUCCUGGGUUUCAGGACUGAGCCCCACGCCCAAAUAAUACAAAUUCUCAGGGGGUAAAUGUGAUUGCCACCAAGCCUGGAUCCACAUGGUGGAAGGAACCUCCCACAAGCUGGCCUUCAACCCCCGCAUGCCUCCCAGAUGUGCAUUGUGGCUCACGCCUGUGC